CCAGACGUUGGCAGUCCUUGCGGGAAAGGUAUUCCCGAGAACUAAAAAGAUUGGAUGCACCAUCGGGGAGUGCGGCCGCACUGACGGAAACAUGGCCAUUGUUUGAAAGCAUGGGCUUCCUUAAAGAAUUUGUAAAGCCCAGGGCAACACGAUGUACAACGAAUAUUUUAUCCGAAUUUCCUACAUCUCCACCUUCGCCAACACUUUCUUCGUCAUUUUCGUUGACAGAGACGUUAAUGUUUACCGGUUCACCUGAUGCAGUGGAGGCGACGUUCUCAACUGAGGAGUUGGCAUGUGAGCAACCAACGCCGACAACUUCGCAAAAGAAACGAAAACGGCAGGAAAGCGAUGCAGAUGGGGAAUUCCGUGAAGCAUGUCAAUUGUAUAAAGACAUGUGUAAAGAGCGGGCAGCACAAAAAGGAAGCCAGACCAUACGUGCUUUCGGGCAAAUGAUUGUGUCCACAGUCAGUGAGAUGAGUGAAGCGAAACAGGUAAAGGCGAUACAAGUCGUCACAAAUACCAUCAUGACCAUCAAAUUGGAGCCUGAAGAAUAGGAAGGUAGGCUGAACCCAUAUACUGCAGUGUUUUUAAAUUAAAGGUUGUUUCUUUGCAGGUCGCAACUCUUAAGUCAUAGCUUUUAGACGCUAAUAUAUAUUGAGUUAAACUCGGAACUGAAUUUGUUGAUUAAAAAUCGAAGUGUAUUAGAAUAUUUGUGUUUUUUAAGUUACAAAAACGUUUUUGAAAGUGGUUAAAA